AUGAGCGUCAAACAUAAACUCAUCCUUCGUCGGAUCACCGAUGAUAGAUUAGCUCAUCGAGCCCAAAUGCUUGAAUACAGCCGACACCUGAGCCGACAGUAUGCUGACCGGUCCUGCUACUGGCAGGCCAGAUCACUGAGCAAGUUGACCAGCGGCGGCGCCGAUUUCCUCAGCGUUUGCUGCAUCCUCGACGGAAUGGACAAGGCCAAAUUCAAGUGGCCAAGGUCGUUGGCAGUCAGCAGCAAGGAGCUCCAGUCGCUGAUGCGUCCGAACCUGGACGCGCAUGGAGUAAUAGUCCUCUCGAUGAUAUUGAGUGAUGUCUUCGUACGGAAAGACAGCAGCUGGUGCUCGGACCUGCUAAUGCACCACCUCAACAUUGUGGGCCAGUCCGCAGACCUACGACGGGUCAGACUUCAUUGUCAAUCCGACAACACCAGCAGAGAAGUCAAAAACUCAACGCUGUUGAGGCUGUUAGCCUUUCUGAUAGGCUCUGGACGGAUCCAUUCUGGAUCUUUAAACUGCCUUGAGCAGGGACACUCGCAUGAAGACAUCGAUCAAUUUUUUUCUGGUGUCGCUGCGUUGAUUGAAGGCCACAACGAACUUCAUAGCCCGAACAGCUUCAGGGACUGCGUGCAGAGCUAUUUGGACAAACCCCAUGUCCGAAGCGACGAGCCGUUGCGUUUCUGCCGGAUUGUGAACAACAUCCGCGAUUGGAAGAGCUUCCUGAGCAUCCGUUGCUACGGCAACCAUCUCUAUGGUAUUGGGGGGCCAGGUGCCCCCCAUGUGUUUUCCUUGGAGAGAUUCAGCCAAACAGGCUUGGACAGACACCAGAUUGACGACCAGUUUUGGCGCAAGCGCAUUGGCGAUUCGACUGAUGAAUCAGACGUUAUUUUGAGGACAAAGCAAUAUAUGUCAGAUGGCCAGUUUCAGCGCAAAGCGCUGCUAUACCUCCCGGGAACGAUCGCCAGAGAGAUUGCGAAUCAUGGCGGAUGCCCUGAAGGUUGGCGAAAACUGUUUGUGAGGUGA